AUGGUGGAAGCGGAUCGUCCGGGGAAGCUCUUCAUCGGGGGGCUCAACCUCGAAACCGACGAGAAGGCCCUCGAGGCCGCGUUUGGCAAGUACGGCCACAUCGCCGAGGUGCUCCUGAUGAAAGACCGAGAGACCGGCAAGCGCCGGGAGCCGCCGCCCCCGCGCCGCGACCCCUACCUGGGCCCGAGGGAGGAGGGCUACUCGCCCAGAGAUAGCUACUCGAGCCGCGACUACCGCGACCCCCGGGAUUUCGCCCCCUCGCCCAGAGAGUACACCUACCGCGAUUACGGCCACCCCGGUGCCCGGGACGACUGUCCCUCGAGAGGCUACGGCGACCGCGACGGCUACGGGGGUCGCGACCGUGACUACACGGAUCACCCGAGCGGAGGCUCCUACCGAGAUCUCUUUGAGAGCUACGGGGACCCGCGCGGCGCCCCGCCGGCGCGGGGGCCCCCGCCAUCUUACGGAGGAGGAGGAGGCGGCCGCUACGAGGAGUACCGCGGCUGCUCGCCCGACGCCUACAGCGGCGGCCGCGACAGUUACGGCAGCGGCCGCAGUGACCGCUACUCGAGGGGCCGAGAGCGGGUGGGCAGACCGGAUCGCGGGCUCCCUCCGUCCAUGGAAAGGGGGUACGCGCCCCCGCGUGAUUCCUACAGCCGGUCGGGCCGCCGAGUGCCCCGGGGCGGAGGCCGCCUGGAAAGAGGGGGAGGCAGGAGCAGAUACUGA